AAAGAAACAUCUCCUCUCCACCGCUUAUCGUAACACUUGAGACCAGCAGUCAAUGAAUGAUUCACAGCCAUUUUUUUGGUGGUAGGUAUAUAUAUAAAGCGCAACAUCGCCACUUUUCGAGAUCAUUAUACAGCAGAACUGUUAUCCAACGUCAAAGUAGAAAUGAGCAAUCCUAUACUCCUUCCAGCUACGGAAUCGAUGCAAGAGCUAUGUCGACAAAAACAGGAAAGAGAGCUCCAGAACGUCCGUGGUCCGCUGCGUGAAUAUAAAGCCACCAUAACAGAUACCAAGAUUCUCUCUAGAUUCGAGAACGAACAAGCGCCCAAUAUUCGACGGCAAGCACUACAUGAAGGCAAAAGUGUCAGUAACGCCCGAAAUUACGGACCUCGUGAACUUGACAAAGGCACGAUUGCGUCACCUGAGCGUACUAUCACCGUCUUUAUACCACUAGCGACACAAACUGCAAGUACGCAAAGAUUUUCCAAAGUACUGUACCAGCCUGAUAAGGAUAAAGCCGAGGUUAGGCAACUCCUACCUUGGGACGUCGGAAACCAUAUUCAGAUCCCCGGAAACAGUCGAAUCGUUGUAGAGGAAGGGCCAGUAUGCUUUGACAUGGUUCAAUAUGAUUGGGAGCCUGCUAAGAGCCAAGAGAGCAAGGAUGAGUAGUGGAACCGAGCCGAAACGAUCUGGUGUUGAAAUCA